AUGACGAGCAGUGCGCAGCCCGUGAAGGGGGACAGUAAGCCGAUCGUGCUUAUAGACCAAGAUGACCAAGAUGACCAAUGGGAGGGAGCAACAGAGACGAGUCCGCUGGUCGGCGAAAGUUCAAGCUCAAGCGGAAGUGACAGUGAUAGUGUAACAGAAGACAACAGCAAUGUGAAAGGCCAGGGGAGUUGGAUAGGCCACGAAGAUUUCGUCGGAUUCCCAUGGUGGAAAAGACCGUCGGUGUACUGGCUUUUAGCACCUUAUCUCCUAUUUUCCCUUGCAUUUGGCGGUAUCAUCGUUCCGAAGCUCAAUUUAAUUGUCCAUUUGAUAUGUCGUACUCACUUCACCGACCGCCAACAGCUUGAGCCAAAUCCUAUAAACCCUUUAGGUCCCUUAGGCGCCGAUAAUGACUUAUGCACAAGCGCUCCUGUCCAGAAGCAGGUUGCUGUUUUCACGCUUGUACUAAGCGCCCUCACCGGCGCUCUAAGCGCGAUCACGGCACCAAAGCUAGGCUCACUAUCUGACCGGUAUGGCCGAAAGCGCCUGAUGGUGAUGGCUUCAUGCGGCGGUGUAAUCAACGAGUGUAUUACUAUCUUGGCCGCAAAGUUCCCAGACGUUGUCGGCUACCAUUGGCUGCUCCUGGGUGCAUUCUUUGAUGGCGUAACGGGCUCCUUCACAGCGGGCAGCCUACUGAGUAACUCUUAUACGAGCGACUGCGCCCCUCCAUCUAGACGUGGAGUGCAUAUUGGCUACCUUCAUGCCUGUCUAUUUACCGGAUUAGCAUUCGGACCUCUCAUUGCUGGUUAUUUUGUCAAAUGGACAGGUUCGUUAAUAUUGAUAUUUUACGUCGUUUUGGGUUGUCAUGCGGCCGUCAUCUUGUAUUUCUGGUUUGUUCUUCCUGAGUCGAUAUCGAAAAAGCGUCAGAUGGCCGCACGCCAAAAACACCGCUCUGAGAACGAAGCCACAGCUGUUCAGCUUAGAUCGACCCUUCCGGAUUCGCUUCACGUCUUCAUUGGGCCGCGGGCUGCGUCAUUUAUUGACGAUCACAUGGGAACUUGGCUUCCCGCACUUAUGAGCGCCAACCCAUUUGCUCCCUUAAAGAUCCUCGUCCCCAGUGGGCGGGACAAUGGUCCCCUGCGACGCAAUCUGAUCAUCCUUGCUUUCAUCGACACGAUUCUCCUGUCCGCUGCAAUGGGUGCCGGCACUGUCAUCGUGCUUUACUCUGAGUUUAUGUUUCAUUGGGACACCCCAGAAGCCUCGGAAUUUGUAUCGGCGGUUAGCAUGGCGCGGGUUGUAAUCCUCAUCUGCAUACUUCCAGCCAUCAACUACGUGUUCCGUGUUCUACCACUACGCCGCCAAAGGCGUGAAAACGGCGGCGUAAAUGUGAUCGAGACGAAUUCUGGGGCUGAUAACCUGGAUAUAUGGCUUUUGCGUUUUGCUCUCCUUAGCGAUGCUAUAGGUACCUUCGGCUUUAUAUUCGUACGCUCGCAGGAACUAUUCGUCCUCUGUGGUCUGGCUACCGCAUUUGGCGGCUUAGCUAGUGCUACUAUUCAAAGCGCGAUCACGAAGCACGUCCCGGCUCACCGUAUGGGCUCUCUAUUGGGAGCCACAGGCUUGUUACAUGCGCUUGGAAGGGUCGUUGCUCCUGCGCUUUUCAACGGCAUUUAUGCCGGGACGGUCGAGACUUUCCCGCAGGCUUUCUUCGUCUUAUUAACUUCGCUGUUCGGGCUGGCAAUACUUGGCAGUUUCUUCGUGAGACCCCACUUACAUGUGAAAGACGACGGCUAUAUUGCAGUCCCGGUCCGAGUCCCUCGCGAUGCUCAGGAUCCGGAUGUCAUGUCUGAUGAAGAGAUUCUUAGUGGGGCCUUACCCCGAGUUUAAAUAACAUACUACGUUUAUACAUAUAAUAUUGCAGCGGCAACCGCUUAUAUAUGACACGAAAUAUGUCAGUCAAAGAUUUGUUAGUAGGUCGGGUUAUAUGAUUACGACUAUUCGUAAUGUUUUUGACAAUGGAAUAUGUAUCUAUAUACGUUGGUAUAUGUUUCUUGGAACUGGCACUUAGCUGGCACAUUUUCAGCCGGCAAUGCACCGAUAUACGUAGAAGGUGUGUAAUACUGUUCUAUUUUAGAUUUUUUAUAGUAGUAUUUCUAGUAUUUGCGCCGUUGCUGGUUGACUUGGUGCCUAGGUCAUCUACCUACCUAAGGUACCUGUAAACUUAAGCCUUCGAACUAGCAAGGCAGGCAGAGGAUUCGAAUCUAUAGAAAUCUUGACGCGCGCGGUGAUGCAGUAUGCUUGAAUAUGUUCAAUCUCCCAGGUCACACAUAGUCUAUACCCGGCGCUACUUGAUAUCGAUCUACCUGAAGCGCCACACUUUAUAUGUACCGCCAAAUCCGCUCCUAGUACACUUCUUUCACCCUCCAACUAACGGCCAAGACUCGGGCGCCAAGGAAACAGCUAGUUGAAAUGGCAUACGAUAACGCCGCGAAGAGGAUAAGCGCCAGCCAGCCUUGACGCUCGUCGCUACCCAUCUCCAGCAAUGCGCCGGCGAUG